AGAUCUUCAAAUUCCUAGUGACAGCAACUUAAGAUGCAACAUCACCAUAAACUUUAAGACCUCCACUUCUCAGUUAAAACGUAAGGAUUCAUAGGCUACAUAGGAAAACAUAGUAGAUAGAUAGAUAGAUAUAGAUAGAGAGAGGUAUGAUGUAUCUGCUCCAGAGUUAAACAUAACAGCUAAUUUAGGCCUUAUGAUUCCAGACAGAGCGAAGUGACUACAAUCCCAAGAUCACUCGACCCCAGUUACUUUCUUCUCUCCAUAGUACAAGGAUGUCCAAUAUUCUAAGUAGGCAACAUAGAAUUCAUCGGGAUCGAGCAGAUCUGCACAGAGGCAACUUUGAUUAGGGGGAAAAAUGAUUAACAUCAAAUCCAAUAGAUUGCGUAAGCAAUUAUCAGGACAGAGCAAGCAAAAGAAGCCAUAUCCAGGCCAAUCCACAAAAAACACUAAAACACGCAAUGGAAACAACAUCAUUAUUUGGGAAAAAAUCCAAAACUACCACUGUUUAAAAAAAAUUACAAAAAUACCACUCACUCCAAAUAAUUUCCAAAAAUACCAUCGUUUAUAUAAAAUCACACAUUUAAUGAGCGGUUUUUAAUGAAACCGCGCCUCCAGGCAGCGGUUAUAGAACAAAACGCGCCUCCAAGGCGCGGUUUGACCUUGCAUGGCUGUCAAAACGCGUGGCCACGUGGCGGUGCAUCAAACCGCCCGUUGGAGGAGCGUACUGACGGCCAAAACGCGUGCCAACUCAGCGAUCCGCGUCGCCCACGGAAAUCGCUCCACCGAGGCGCGAUUUUACUGUUGGGAAACGCAAACCGCCUGCUGGAGGCGCGAUUUUCAGUGGGGUAAAAUGACUGAACCGGCCCUCCCCCACGCGGUUUCUCACCUAUAUAAACCCCCCCUCCCCCUUCAUUUUUCUGCACACCAACCACAUUCCACCCUCUCUCCCUCUAACUUCUCUCUACCCAUCCCCCUCCCCACCCAAAAACCUUAGAAUUAGUUUUUUUGUUGGUUGCGGCUAAGUCAGAUCUGCCUCCAAAAAACUUUUUCUUUGGUUUUCAUUAAAAAACCGUCGAACCUCUGUCCGGAUUCCGAGAGAAUGGCUGAUUUCGCUCAAGAAGAGGGCCUUUUUUAUGAUGAUUAUCAAACGGUACGUACUCAUUUUUCCCAAUUGUUGUUGUUGUUAUAAUGAUUUAUUUAAUUUAUAUACUAAUGAUUUAUGUUAUUGUUAUGCUAUCGUAGGUUGGGUCGGAUGUUGAUAUUUUCAAUCAACGAUAUUAUGUUGAUCAAGGACCGAUUGAUCCGACAGUUUUAUACGAUCAAGCAAAUCAUCGUUCAAGAGACGUUUGGAACGACCACAAGGUACAUAUUAUUUAUCAUCACUUGUAAUUUGUAUUUUGUUAAAGUAAUUUAUUUGUUUGUACAAUAAUUUACUUAAUUGUUAAUCGUAUUGAUUAUUUUCAAUAAUUUAAAUCAAUACAAUACAACACUUAUAUAGACUCUUUAUAAAGAAAUGCAUGUCUAAGGAAAUGGGGACUUAAGCGAUCGUAAUGAUCCCCCCAUGACCUGGGAAAAUCGGGUUCUAAGCGAUCCUCGGAUCCCCCUUUUUCUGUCAAAAAGACUGUGUUUCUAAGGAGAAGUAUACCUCUCCUAAGAGUCUUACGAGUGUACUUUUAAUUAUUAUUUAGGUAUGUUAAUAUUAAUGUUUAUUAUAUAAUGUAUAUUUCUCUAAAACAACCUUGAUUUAAUUAAUAUUGAAUCUUAUAAUAUUAUUUAGUUAUGUUAAAAUUAAUAUUUAAUUAGAUAAUGUAUAUUUCUAAAACCUCGCUUGAUUUAAUUAAUAUUGCAUCUUAGAAAAUUAUUUUAGUUAUGUUAAAAUAAAUAUUUAUUAGAUAAUGUAUAUUUCUCUAAGACAACCUUGAUUUAUAUAUAAAUUGUUUCUUAUAAUAUAUUUAUAUAUGUAUAAAUCAACUUAUAGUGAAAUUUAAAUUCUUCUCUAGGAUGCAUACCAUAUAGUCCGCUAUAGGGGCACAACGAAUGUGCUUGAAUGGAACGACGUCAUCUUGCCCUUUCUAAAAAGGGCAAGAUUGGAUUCGAUUAGGCAUUUCAAUGGAAUCAAGAUUGACCGCCAACUCAUCACGACGAUGGUAGAAACAUGGCGAAAGGAGACACACUGCUUCAAUUUUCGUGAAGGCGAGUGCACCAUCACACUUAAGGACAUCGCCAUCCUAACUGAUCUCCCCAUCGAUGGUGAUGUUGUUUGUGUGGACUCUACGCCACCACCUAAAGUUGUUGCCAAUAUGAGUGGUUGGCAACAUUUUAUAUGGACGGUCACCGGGUUGUGUCCGCCAGAAAAGGGAGAUCACGAUGCGGAUGGUCAUCCACCAUUGUCCAAGGGCCAAGUAUCCAUCACGUGGUUGACAGCGGAGAUCAGGCGUAAGCACAACCCUGAGUUCGGAGGCAUUUCCCUCACGGAGGAAAGUUCAGAGCGUGAUAAAGACAUUUAUGCACGUAUCUAAAUCCUCGGCAUGAUCGGAGGAGUUUUCUUCCCCAAGAAAUCCAACAACCUAAUCAGCAAUUCAUGGUUGAAGAUCAUACUUGGUAGUUGGGAUGAUAUGGGAAACUUGAGCUGGGCAUCUGCUUGCCUAGCUCAUCUCUAUCGAUCCCUAUGUAAUGCUAGUGCGAGAGCGGUGAAGGAGAUUGAUGGGGCCAUGUUCAUCGUCCAAUUUUGGGCUUGGGAGCAUUUGCCAUGGAUUGCGCCGAAGGUUGAACCCGACAAGGAAUGGGGUCCCGACCAUCCCCUACGACAUGAAGCUUAUGGUUGUAGGUAAAUGUUUUCUAUCCCACUCAUAGUUCUCACAAUUUUUUACUAAUUGGGUAUUUUAUAACGAACCGGGUAUUAUGUAUUAACACUCCAUACUUUUUGGAUUGAAUAGGUGGCUUGGUGAAAAAACAUGCGACAACCUAGGAGCGCAUAAGUUUGAGGAGUAUCGUAGGAGGCUUGAUCGCCUUUGAGAAGCAAAGGUGAGCAUCAUAAUAUGCUAUUAAAACCUACUUUUUUAACUUAUAUUAUUAUGUUGAUUAAUGAUUUUUUUUUAUAAACCUUCGUAGCUUAAGUUCAAUCCGUAUCCAGAACAGAUUGUUGCGCAUCACGUCCACAAAUUCCCGUUACAUCCCGGUCAAUGAUGCACCCGAGUUCCACUAAUCUGCCACCAUAUAGUGGAGUGACACUUGCCGGAUCGAUGUCUAGAAAUAGUCAUUAUUUUUCUCUAACAUAUUUUAUAUUUGAUAUAUAGAUAUAAUAUUUUCAUAAAAUUGUGUUGUUUUAAUUAAUUUUCUUCAUUCUAGUGAAUUAUUGUCAUACUUUUCUUCUUGCGUAAUGUGAGAAUACGUGUGAAUGUUAACAUAUUAGUUGGAGUUAUGAAGAAAAAUCAUUAAUCAUGGAUAACCGUGGAUACUCGAAAUCCGAACGGGUAUGGGCAUGGUUUUAAUUUUCUACCCGUUUCAUAUGUGGGUAUGGAUAUGGGUAAAACCCGAACUACUUUGGGUAGGAUAACGGAUAUGCACUAUCCGUCCCCGACCCGACCCAUUGCCAUCCCUAAGUAAUACAAGUUACUAACAUAACAUCACAAAGGACAAUGAAAAGUAAUUAAGUUACUAACAUAAAAUCACAAAUGACAAUGAAAAGUAAUUAAGUUACUAACAUAAAAUGACAAAGGGCUAAUACCAUUGGAAAUACCAUUCUUUAGCGAAAGUGUCAUUUAUAUUACGUACUUUCAAUAAACACAAAAAUAUUCCAAUGUAUUAGAGGUUUGCGUCAUUUGUGUUACGCGAAUUUCUGUUGACCGUUAGAAUUGAUGGUUGACCUGACGGUGGUCAACUUAUAUUUGACUAUUGCUUAUGUGGCUUUUAGGUGUUGUCUACAUAGGUGCCAUGUAGGAAAUUAAUAUUUAAAAAAUAU